AUGGUGGGCCAGACCGAAGCUCGCAAGCCUACCGGUGUCAUCCUCCUGGCGGGUCAGCCUAGAACCGGCAAGACCGCCAUCGCCAUGGGCCUGGCCAAGUUGCUUGGCCAGGAGACCCUGUUCGCCAUGCUCGCCAGCAGCAAGCUCUUCUCGUUGGAGAUGUCGAAGACUGAAGCCCUAACCCAGGCCUUCCGCAAGGCCAUCAGUGUGUGCAUCAAGGAAGAGACCGAGGUCAUCGAGGGAGAGGUCAUAGAGAUCCAGAUUGACCUCCAUGCCAUCGCCGAAGCAGCCUCUAAGACCGGUAAGCUGACUUUGAAGUCCACGGAAAUGGAGAUAGUGUACAACUUGGGCACAAAGAUGAUUGAGGCGCUGGGGAAGGAGAAGGUGCAGAGCAGAGACGUUGUGGCCAUCGACACGUGA